AUGGCCGCUGCGCCUCCGACGGAUUUCAAUGGCGGCAAAGUGGAGAGCAGUGAGGCCGGCUCCAAAUGGCUGGACGCGCACUACGACCCCCUGGCCAACAUCCACACCUUCUCCGCCUGCCUGGCGCUGGCAGACCUGCACGGGGACGGCGAGUACAAGCUGGUGGUGGGGGACCUCGGCCCCGGGGGGCAGCAGCCCCGCCUGAAGGUGCUCAAAGGACCCAGAGUGCUGACUGAAAGCCCUCUCUCCGAGCUGCCCGCCGCGGCUGCCACCUUCCUCAAGGACCACCAUGAGCCCCGGACGCCAGCGCUGGCGCUCGCUUCGGGCCCCUGCGUGUAUGUGUACAAGAACCUGAGGCCCUACUUCAAGUUCAGCCUGCCCCCGCUGCCUGUGAACCCCCUGGAAGAGGAUCUUUGGAACCAAGCCAAAGAGGACCGGAUCGACCCCUCGACCCUGAAGGAGAUGCUGGAGGGCAUCCGGGAGAAGGCAGAGGUGCCUCUGUCUGUCCAGUCGCUCAGGUUUCUGCAGCUGGAGCUGAGUGAAAUGGAGGCGUUUGUGAACCAGCACAAGUCCAAGGCCAUCAAACGCCAGACAGUCAUCACCACCAUGACCACCUUAAAGAAGAACCUGGCCGACGAGGAUGCUGUGUCGUGCUUGGUGCUGGGCACUGAGAACAGGCAGCUGCUGGUGCUGGACCCCGAGGCCUUCACCACUCUGGCCACGAUGAACCUGCCCAGCGUGCCCGUCUUCCUGGAGGUGUCUGGCCAGUUCGACGUGGAGUUCCGGCUUGCCGCGGCCUGCCGCAACGGGAACAUCUACAUCCUGAGAAGAGACUCCAAGUGCCCCAAGUACUGCAUCGAGCUGAGCUCCCAGCCUGUGGGGCUUGUCCGGGUCCACAAGGUCCUGGUGGUGGGCAGCAACCAAGACAGCCUGCAUGGCUUCACCCACAAGGGUAAGAGGCUGUGGACGGUGCAGAUGCCUGCGGCCAUCCUGGCCAUGAACCUCCUGGAGCAGCAUUCCCGGGGCCUGCAGGCCGUCAUGGCUGGGCUAGCCAAUGGCGAGGUCCGCAUUUACCAUGACAAGACCCUGCUCAACGUCAUCCGCACCCCGGAUGCAGUGACCAGCCUGUGCUUCGGCCGCUUCGGGCGGGAAGACAACACCCUCAUCAUGACCACGCGAGGUGGUGGCCUGAUCAUCAAGAUCCUGAAGCGGACAGCGGUGUUUGCGGAGGCGGGAGGGGAGCUGGGCCCCCCGCCAGCCCAGGCCACGAAACUCGGCGUGCCCCGGAAGACUCGGCUCUAUGUGGACCAGACACUGCGCGAGCGGGAGGCCGGCACCGCCAUGCACCGGACCUUCCAGACCGACCUCUACCUGCUGCGCCUCCGGGCCGCCCGUGCCUACGUGCAGGCCCUCGAGUCCAGCCUGAGCCCCGUGUCCGCGACGGCCCGGGAGCCCCUCAAGCUGCACGCCGUGGUUCAAGGCCUGGGCCCCAACUUCAAGCUCACGCUUCACCUGCAGAACACCUCUACGGCCCGGCCCAUCCUGGGGCUGCUCAUCUGCUUCCUGUACAACGAGGCGCUCUAUGCCCUGCCCAGGGCCUUCUUCAAGGUCCCCUUGUUGGUGCCAGGGCUCAGCUACCCCCUGGAGACCUUUGUGGAGAGUCUCAGCGACAAAGGCAUCUCAGAUGUUAUCAAGGUGCUAGUGCUUCGAGAAGGCCAGAGCGCACCCCUGCUGAGUGCCCACCUCAACAUGCCCUUGAGCGAGGGGCUGGCGGCUGCCUGA